UGUCAUCAAAGCGCGUCAAUCUUCCUGUAGAUUAAACUGUACCUUUAGUGCCCUCAAACUCUCUUCUGUCUCCCUAAAAACAGCCAUAAUUAUGCUAGUCUUACAGGGAUGUCUUACUUUGACACAGUUCAUCAGAGGGAGGCCCUCUGGCAGCCUGUUAUUGCGGUGUUACUACAGUCGGGAUGCAUCCAGAUCAUGUGUAGCAUUUCACCGUCCGACCACCAGAACCAGGACAAGUCUGCUGUCGUCGCAGGACCAGCGAGUGUUUCAUCAUCUCCUACCUGCUCAUCCCAGCUCUUUCAGAGUUUUCUCAUCUUCUCCACCAGCCAGAGGAGACGCUGUGGGAAACAUCCAGUCAACACAUUAUCAUCUUGUUUACACAUGCAAGGUUUGCUCCACCAGGUCCAUGCAGAGGGUCUCUAAGGUGGCUUACCAUAAAGGUGUGGUGAUCGUGACAUGUCCAGGGUGCAAGAACCACCACAUCAUCGCUGACAACCUCAGCUGGUUCUCAGAUCUGGAGGGGAAGAGAAACAUUGAGGAAAUCCUCGCUGCCAAAGGGGAGACCGUGAAGAGGGUUGAAGGAAGUGCUGCUUUGGAGAUAGUUGUGGAGGAAUCGAGUAUAGACGGUUUACAGAAAGCUGACAGAGAAGAGAAAGAAAAUGAGCCAGAAACAACAUGAUUUAACUUAAUUGCAUGUGCACUUUGUAUAUUUGUAUAUUAAAAUUUACAAUAAAUGCAACUUUUUUGGUC